CGGAUAUAUCACUGGAUCCUGAAAUAGGCAGUUUUCAUCUUACUGUGCCUCAAGAUUUUAAGGAUUUAAAAAAGUUUCAUUUUAAUUUAGAAGACCAGCCUGACCAAGAAGAGUAUUUUGUUACUGUGUUGGGGGCUCAGACCUUUACCAGUGGAACACACUACUGGGAAGUAGAUGUGGAAGGUCAGGAAGAUUGGGUAGUAGGAAUUUGUGAAGAUUCAAUCAUCAAAAAUGGGAAUGUCUCCAUAUUAUUCGAGAAUGUAAGAGCUAUGUUAGCCUCUAAAGAUAGCGAAAAAUUACUUACCUGGAUUCCAUCAAAUUUCUUUUUUAUGGACACUACACCAAAGGUAGGCAUUUUACUUAACUAUGAAGAAGGCUAUGUUUCAUUUUAUCAUGUCAGAGGUAGAUGGACUAUCUUUAGUUUACGAAAUUCAGCUUUUCAAGGGCCUGUUUGCCCUUUCUUCUCUACUUCACUUUUUAAUAAAGGGAGGACCACUUAA